AUGACAGGUUUUUUGACAGUGCUCCUUUUUUGUAUUCGUUUAUUGGAGCGCAGGACAAAGAAAAGAGUGCGAUGGAUCUGUCUCUUCUGGGGCUUCCAUUACUAUCAACACCUGUGUCUGAACAUUGAGCUCUGGAAUUGCUUCUUAAUAUUGAGCUGCCUGAGUGCCACCGCACAUUUGCCCAUUGCUGGUGCUGCUGAAACUCAUGGGAUGACAAUAGACGACGUUAGAGAGCUUCAGUCGGAGUUGCUAAACUUGAAAAGUACCAUAGAAAAAUCAGAUGCCUGUUUGUAUGCUCCUACCAACGAUGACAUCUACAAUGACAACUGCAUCUUUAAGUUCAUGCACUGUUAUUUAUUGGAGUUGGAGGUUGUCCUGAUCGAGGACAUGCAGGUCACGGAUAACUACCAUGACGAAAUAAAAACAUCCAUCUACCAUCGGAAAAAAAUGUUGGAAGAACAUGAACGCCAAUAUAACAGUUCUAGAUGCUCACCGUGUGAGGCACAGAGAGUUGCCAACUCCACAAUAUUCCUCUACAACCUGGAGCGCCUUUUGGAGAGAAUAGGGACAACUGUCAGUUGA